AUGGACUUGAAGCCGUGGAUCAUAGGGUGCAGCCGUCUUUGCGAGGCGAUUAAGAAGAACGACCUCACCUGUUUUGAGUCGGUGUUCGACGCCGACAUUGCCGUGCUACCUAUAAUCACGACGAUCGGGUCGCUUCCCUGGGUCCACUGCAGCGUCGUCGUGGUUCUUUGGCCCGGCGACUUGCUGAAGGCCGUCGACGUCGACAGCGAGACCUCGUUCCGCCACCUGGACCCGAAGACUGCAAACCGGCUGCAUUCGUCUGAGGCGCUCGCCGUGCUGAGAUUGCCGGACAUUGUGAAGAACAAGCAGGUCGGCACCGGAUUGCAUGCUGUGAGCGCGUUCGGAUGGGUGGUCAGAGAGCGCGGAGCCCUGCUCAACUCACGUGCACCGGCGAGCGCUGAGAACCCGAUGGUUCAGGGGUUGAGGGCACUCAAAUCGCCGCUAGUGGAAUACGUCAAGAGAUGCGUUGCUGAGAGGCGGUCGGCGCCGUCCAAUCACCCUACUGGGCCAAGUACCUCCCCCCUCGACGACGACGGAAUCGAAGCUAAGACGGCGUCUCAAGCUGGCGUGGAUCGCCCAGCGUAUUCCGGCGCGCACGACACUAGAACUAGCAGUCAUGUUGGCGGCGGUGGCGAGGCCGACCUGGUAGGAGGAGAGGAGCGGAGGGCAGGGUCCGUUGAGGAGUCAUCUACUGACUCAGAGUCAGAGUUGGGAUCCGAGGAGGAGGAGGAUGAAGAGGAGGAGGAUGAAGAGGAGGAGGAGGAGCAUGCAGGGAAGAAGGCUGUUGGUGCUGAGGCGGACACAGACGCCGACCACGGUGCUGGUCGUGACCCGACGUUGACCGGCGGGACAGGCGCAACUGCAGCGUCGGCUGGGGACAAGCCUCGUAGGAAGGCGCCGGUGCAUGGUCAGCCUGCGUCGACCACAUCUUCAAAGUCGGCGUUUGCAGCCGCACUUGCUCACGUGAAGCGACUGGAAGAGGAGAACAGGAAACUGAGGGACGAGAAUGCGGGGCUACGGUCGGAUCUGGUUACCGAGAGGGGUCGGACGGAGGGGUUGUUGGCGACGGCGGCUGAGUGCCUCGCGGCUGUCAAGUCGCUUACCGAACGCGUCGCCGCCGCCGAGCAGACCGCGGGGACACACAUCUCCACAGCCACAGCAGCCAUGACCGGCGUCUUCACCAAGGUGCUGGACGAUCGGGUUACUCUGGUCAAGGCGUGCAGCAACAUGGCGACGCCGUUGUUGGGGGAAAUCACAAAGGGCUUGGACAAGCUGGCUGUCGCCCGCCGUGAUGCCGACGUGCGGUUGGGGAACCACGUGACCAGCGCGGAGGAUAACGUUAAGGCGGUGUUGGCCGAUUACAUCCAGACCAAGUUAGCCUCAACUUCCACCAACAUCGUCGGCGGCUUAUCCCGCAGCAUCGUGCCGCCCCCGCCCGGUCCAUCCCCCGCGCUGCCUGAAGAAGUCAUCAAAGCAAUGAGGGAUGACAUUGUUCAGGCGGUAACCGCCGUCACGCAGCAGGCGCUGUGA